UCACUAAUUUUUUAAUGCAUUUCAUCCCAAUAGAAACCACGUGGGGUAUGCUUAGGAUAUCAGUAGAUCACUAACGGUGCCAGCGACAUAUUAUAGGAAGACCGCACUGCAGCACAAAAAUGGGAGUAGAAGUUGCAACAACUACACCUGGAGAUGGUACAAACUACCCUAAGAAAGGACAGACAGUAAAAGUACAUUAUACAGGAACACUGACUAAUGGCAAGAAAUUCGAUUCAUCAAGAGAUAGAGGAAAGCCUUUUGAGUUCAAACUUGGCGUAGGACAAGUAAUCAGAGGAUGGGAUGAAGGAGUAGCUCAGAUGAGUAAAGGAGAGCGAGCCAUGCUGACUUGUUCACCUGAUUAUGCUUAUGGAGACAAAGGUGCUGCAGGAGUUAUACCUCCAAAUGCUGUGCUGAAGUUUGAUGUAGAACUAAUUGAUUUCAAAUAGGCCACAUCAACAGAAGAAGAUUUUUUAUAUGUAGUCUUAAUGAGUGUAGUGAUUUUUAUAUGAAAUUUUUUGGUUUUUUAGGGACAAGUUCAAUUUUGUGCAAUCAAAUCUCAGAUAUUUUCUGUUAAUCUACAUUGGAAUUUAAAUUAUCUUUCAGUUUUGUAUCGUAUAUGUAUUGCAUAGUUAUGCAAAGAGAAUUGUACCAUGGAUUUGAGUAUCGGUAUCAUCUCAGGGUGAAAAUGCUAAUAAUAUGCAUUCUGUUUGUCGAUCAACAAAUACUAUUCAAGAUCAUUUUUGUCAUCACAAUGAAAUCAUUCUACUUUUUUAAAAACUUUUGGCAUAAUUUAACUAUUUAAUGUAAUACAAUAUACUCUUUUUUUUAAAUUUUUGAUAUUAUGUUGUGAUGUACAUGUAGUUUUAUACAUUGAUCAUACAAUACAUAUUAAAAAAAGAUCAAAUUUGA